AUGAGGAGUACACGAUCCAGUUCAUUUAAGUCAAAGUUCAAGAACACAGUAGAAACGGCGUUAAAUCUUGAAGACGACAAUGAUGAUUCCGUUGCUGAAACUGAAGCAGAACAAAUUCAGGAAGAAGAACAUUUGAACCGAGAAAGAAGGUCAAAGAAAAAACUUGAUAAUUCAGUUGAACAAAAGACAACUCCUAAACCUUUAAAUGCACUAAUUUUGGAAAGAGAGAUAAGGUCGAAGAGGCAAUUUGAUAGAGUUCCAAUUGUAAAACAUUUAAAAAAUAAGGGAAUUGCUGAAACUGUCAAAGAAGAAAAAGAAGAUAAUGUUAGAAAAACAAAUAAGGAAUACCCACCUGGUUUAAGAUACCUUCCAACCAGAAUGAAAUGUGAUAACAUCACUGCAGCUGUUAUGGGAAUGUCGCCGGAACAGAAACAAGAAAUCUUGAGAAUGGGUUUUGGAUCAAUUCUGCAAGUGAAUAUUACAAGUUAUCCGGGACAACUUAGCUACUAUCUUUUAAAUGUUUAUGAUGCAGAUAGGAAAAGACUUGUCCUACAAAACUCUGUUAUUGAGAUAACAGAACAAACAGUGCAUGAUAUGAUGGGGUUGCCAUUUGGUGGAGAAGACAUCAAUGAGUUACCAUUGUGUGAUAAGGGAAAUCAAAUUCUAGAAGAAUGGAGGGGACAAUAUAGUGGUGAUAAGUUCAAUGGUGAGGAGUAUUUAAGAAGGAUUCAGGCUACAACGAAGGAUAAUUUGAUGUUUAGGCUGAAUUUUUUGACCCUAUUUGUUAACGACUUCAUAGAGUCAAUGUUGAUGGGAACAAAUCAAAUAAAAGUGGUAAGGAAGUUGGUGUUGGUAGAAGACUUCUCAAAGUUAAAUUGGUUUAAAUAUAUGCUUGAUUGUUUGGGAUCUAGAAGAAAACUAUGGAAAAGGGAUGACAAAUCAAGCUACUACCGUGGUCCUAUUACACUUCUGAUUUUGGUGUACGUGUAUAACAUGAAGUAUUCUAUCAAGAUAGACAAAAGGCUUCCUUUUAUUGGGCAUAUAAAUGGUGCUAAAUUGUUAGAGGUUCAAAAAUUGGAAAUCAGUUUAGGAGGGUUCGGGAGGCAGUUUCGGGAUGAGCAUGAUGAUGUCGAUAUGGGCGAUGAAACAGGAGCUGAAGAACAGCAAAUGCUAAGCUUUAAGAGGGAUUUUGGAGAUGAAGAGGCGUACGCUGCUGUAAUAGAGCAUAGUUAUGGGGUAAUUGUAACAGAGAAAAGUACUAUGGAGGUUGCGUUGAAGGAUGGGUUGUUAAAAUUCCCUCAUAGUGUGGUGCUGAAUGAGUGGAUGGAGAAAAUGAAUGAACUUUUUAAGGGAGUGUUUGAAGGGGCAGGUAACAAAAAAGUGCAUGAGCCUGCCUGCUUUAAUGAGGUAAAUAUGAAUGAUGUAGGUGAUGGCGGUGAAGGAAAUAGUUCACCUGUUAGAGGAUUGAUACUUACUGAAGUUAAUACAGAAAAGGAAGACAAUUAUACCACACCUGUUGAUACGACUUCUUUAACAAUGACUCAGUUUUAUCGACUUCCAGGGGUGAAUGAGGAAAUGAUCAAGUUGUUGGAUGAAACUGAGUUACAAGUGUAUAAAAAGAAAAAGCGAAUGUCAGUAAUCAGUGGGGAUAAUCUGGUAGGAAGAAAUAUAGGAGAAGCUGUUGAUAAUGCUGGAUGAUAUGAUGAUAAUGACAAAAGGGAAAAACGUAUUCCUAAAAAAAAGAAAAAGUAUUUCAUUCGCCCUAUAUUGAAAGAAUUGUUAAGGUUGGGGAAAAACUGUCUAAGGAUGAAACAUGGAUAUGCAAUUCAGUUUUUGCAUCUACAAGAGAUGAUGGGGAUGAGAUUUGGGACAUUGGAACAGGUCAUUUGCUGCACCAGGGUUUUGCAUAUCAAUUUAAUCAUGGAAUGUUUUUGAAUUCUAAAAUAAUUGAUUGUUGGGCUGCGUUUUUAAAUAAAAUGGAGAACUACAAGGAUGAAUCAUCGCUUUCGAGAUUUUUCUUCGAUACAACUAUUGUGACAGAAGAUAUAUUGAAUGAGCUAAAGUCGGAAGAUAUGAAAUGUAGGCUUUUUGCUACUUUAUUGCGAAUCUACACUAAGAAAUUUGAUGUGAAGCCAAGUUUUAGAGACGUUGCACUUGUUCUCUUCCCAAUAGUUGAUGAUGGAAAGUAUUACUUACUCAUCUUUGAUCUGAGAUCAAGUUUGUACUACAUAGUAGAUCAUGUGAAGAGAAUAGGAACUUUGGAAAGAAAGUAUGGCAUGCUACCAAACCUGGUG